CAUCACUUUCUGCACUUCCUGUGAGUCUCUGAGCCAACUGCAAACUCCUUCAGUCAUGAACAAGAUCAUCGUCUACAAAGAUUGUAACUUCCAGGGCCUCAGCAGAGAGUUCACCUCUGAUGUCCCCGAUUUAAGUAAUGUGAGUUUUGAUAAUUGCAUCUCCUCUCUGAAGGUCAUCGGGAAUCCAUGGGUGGCGUACACAGGUGCAGAUUUCGCUGGCGAACCGACUGUCUAUGAGGAAGGAGAAUAUCCCAGCGUGCACUAUAAUGACGACUUUUCUUCACUAGAGGUGGUGACAGAGGACCUGGACAAUCCUCAGAUCACACUGUAUGAAGAGGAAAACUACAAGGGCCAGAGCCUCGUCCUCAACUGUGAGACCAACUUGGUUUACGGCACUUUUAAUGAUAAAGCAUCUUCUCACAAGGUGCAGAGAGGAGCCUGGGUUCUGUAUCAGCAUACAGACAGAGGUGGGUAUAUCCGGGUGGCCAGAGCUAGUCGUGAUGUGCCUAAGUAUGACUUGUUCGAUAACCAUCUGAGCUACGUCCGUCCUCUUAAAGCAGGCAAACCCACCAUUAAAGCUGAAGGUGAAUGGGACAAAAAGAAAGAACACAUAAAAAAAGUUAUCAUCGAUUCCAUCACCGGUGUGAAUUAUGGAUCAGAGAAACAAACCUUCACCACUGAGCUGAGUCGAGAGUAUUCAGGACCUGUCUUUGAGAGUUUCAGCUUUAGCAAUUCCACACAGAUUGGUUUGGGAACCAAAUUUGAGAUAGAAGUUGGUGUUGGAAUAGAGAACGCCUUAAAUGCCAGUAACAUCUUUGCCGUGGAGAAGGGCAGCAGCAACACCAAAACCACAAAUGAAAGCAUCAGAGUCUCCUUGCCAGCCGCCAUUCCUCCUCGCACCAAGCUAACGGUGAACAUGGUGAGGAAGGAGGUGGCCGUUACAGUCCCGGUCAAACUGACCAUCACCACCGGCUUUCAAUCUAAAGUCGAGUAUGGAGAGUACAGGUGUGAGCGGGGGAAUUCUAUUACCACUGAAUUCAAGGAGGAGAAGAUACAGCCACAUGAGGGAUAAAACACUCCGUCAUGCUGUUAUAGGAAAAAAAUCAGUAACGGAGUCGUGUACGCACAGUUACUGUUACAAGUAUUAUAGAAAAUUAAUCAACAGCUUUUGACCAAUCAGAAUUGAGAAAUCAACAGCACUGUGGUAUUAAAUUUGUUUUAGAGAUACUCUGUCCAUGUUAUAAGAAAGAGCAGUCAUCUUAUCUCAUAUAAGUUUUGUUUUGCCUUUUACAUUUUCUUCAGUUUAAACUUUCUCAUUUGCUGUGUAACUUUGGUUCGGCUUUGAAUUUCUUUUAUAUCCAAAUCCACUUUUAUUCAUGAUGAUGUCUUGAUUUUAAAAACAGGAAUAAUGAAGGAAAAUUAAUCAGUAGCUUAAAGGUUGAAUAAGUGUGUAUCGAGAUGGGAUUUAGUCAUGAUUUUUAUACUGUAUGUAUCACUGUAAUAUGAUUCAGUUACUGUUUCAGCUUAUUUGAAUUAUGCAUUUACUAGUUUUAGUUCCUACUGUAGCCUAAUAAUCUCAAAGUGUCUGAAGAGUGUGUUUAAUCCUGAAUCCUUAUCUUUCUCUGUCUGUGUAAAAUGUUAAAGACAAUCUACAGUGAUCGAGCAAUGUGCAGGCAUUUAAUGUGAUCUUACUGCCCUGAUUAUUGCACAUCCUAUAAUACAAUGAUUUUUAUUCUAACAUUAAAAAUAAAUGAAUAAAUAAAUCAAUAA